AUUGUGGGGUUAUUAAAAGAGUAUCUUCCCCGUGAAUACACCUGAUCCUAGAGCUGAAUCACCAACCCUAGAGCUGAAUCACCAACCAGUCAGAGAAAUGGAGAAGACGCUAGAGCUCCGAUCGCUCGGAAACACAGGUCUCAAGCUCAGUUGUGUCGGAUUUGGUGCAUCCCCUCUCGGCAGCGUCUUCGGCCCUGUCUCCGAUGAAGAAGCCAUUGCUACCGUCCGUGAAGCAUUUCGACUCGGCAUUAACUUCUUUGACACUUCCCCGUAUUAUGGAGGGACAUUGUCUGAGAAAGCCCUUGGGAAGGCGCUGAAAGCUGUUGGAGUGCCAAGAGAAAAGUACAUUGUAUCAACAAAAUGCGGGAGGUAUAAGGAGGGUUUUGAUUUCAGUGCUGCAAGGGUGAAUAAGAGUAUUGAUGAGAGUUUGGAACGGCUACAGCUGGAAUAUGUUGAUAUAUUGCAGUGUCAUGACAUUGAAUUUGGCUCACUUGAUCAGAUUAUAAACGAGACAAUUCCUGCCCUCCAGAAGUUGAAGGAAGCCGGGAAGAUCCGGUUCAUUGGUAUAACCGGACUUCCAUUGGGAAUCUUCAGUUAUGUGCUUGAUCGAGUACCACUAGGCACAGUUGAUGUAAUUCUUUCAUAUUGUCAUUAUAGUAUUAAUGAUACAACUUUGGAGGAUCUACUGCCUUACCUCAAAAGUAAGGGAGUUGGUGUGAUCAGUGCAUCCCCUCUAGCAAUGGGACUUCUUACAGAAAGUGGCCCUCCAGAGUGGCACCCGGCUUCACCUGAACUUAAGGCUGCAUGCCAGACUGCUGCUGCUUUCUGUAAAAAGAAGGGCAAGGAUAUAUCAAAAUUGGCCAUGCAAUACAGCAUGUCUAACAAAGAUAUUUCUACAGUACUGGUUGGAAUGAAAUCCGUUGAACAGGUGCAGGUUAAUGUUGCGGCUGCUACAGAAGUUGAGAAAGACGAGCAAACACUAGCUGAGGUUGAAGAGAUACUGAAACCAGUGAAGAAUCAGACGUGGCCUAGCGGAAUUCAACAAAGUUGAGCAUUCGUUGUUCAUAUUUAAUUGUAACUUUUAAGGCGUAAACUUUCUACUGCUACUCCCAUACCCUUUGUGCAGUUUCCGAGUUUAUCAUUGGUCUUAUUGUCGUUCGCCCUGUAUCUGUUGUUUCGCCCUGUAUCUGUUGUUUAUAUCUACGGCAAUGAUCAAUGUCAUCAUCACAUUGGUUUUGUUGA